UGUAAAGUUUAUUAAUGUUUUCAUUUUCAAGAGUGGGUUGUUUUCAUCGUAUGAGUGGAAAUGUAGGCUACAUGAAUUUUGUGAUAUUGAAUAGAUUCGAAACUAUCUCUCUUGAUGUGUAAAGAUGUUUCUAAAACAUUUUCAUCUGCAAUUUUGAAACUCAGCCAUGAAUGAUCGUAGCAAAGGUAAAAACCCUUGGACCCCCUCCUCGGUGGCUGCAUUGUCCAAGGAAAAGCUCUCCUAUUGCUGGCAAAUUCUUAGCUUUCAAGACUCCGCUCGAUGAGCGCUAUGACAGUCAAGUCCCCGAAGAGUGCACUUUCACUCCAUCGAUGUUAAUUGCCUCUGCCAGCUGCCAGAAGAUGAAAAUUGGGCUUUGGAUUGAUUUGACGAACACAACACGCUUCUAUGACAAAAGAGAAGUGGAAGAGCAUGGCAUCAAGUAUAUCAAGCUUCAAUGCAGGGGGCAUGGAGAAUGCCCAUCCAAAGAUCAAGUCAAUACAUUUAUCCAGCUGUGCAAUCGUUUCAUUGAUAAAAAUGAGAAUGAAUUCAUUGGUGUUCACUGUACACACGGUUUCAAUCGCACCGGUUUUCUCAUCAUUGCCUUUCUCAUCGAAAGUUUGUCGUGGAGUAUUGAAGCAGCUUUCCAUGCAUUUAAGGAGGCUAGACCUCCAGGUAUUUAUAAGCAAGACUAUAUAAAUGAAUUGUUCAAGAUAUAUGACGAUGUUAGUGAUGCCAUUUCGGCUCCCGUUCUUCCAGAUUGGUGCAAUGAACCCGAUGAUGUAGAUGAUGAUGGGACUCCAAUUAAAUCAUCCGAAUCUGACAAAACAGACUAUAGGCCUCCUCUUAAGAAGAGGAAAGAAUUUCAUAAAAAAAACCCAGUUUUCAUGGAAGGUGUUCCCGGAGUGUCCCCCGUCUCAGAUCCCGUCCUCAUAUCCGCAAUCCAGCAGAGAUGCCAGAGCAUGUGCGGAUGGAAAGGAUCUGGUUUCCCAGGCUCUCAGCCGGUCUCUAUGGAUGUUAACAAUAUGAAAUUUCUAACUCUAAAGCCUUAUAAAGUCAGUUGGAAAGCAGAUGGAACUAGGUACAUGAUGCUGAUAGAUGGUGAACGAAAAGUAUUUUUUAUUGAUCGUGACAAUUCAGUAUUCAAGGUUGACGGUUUGUGGUUUCCUCGUAGAAAAGAGCCGGACAUGCACCUGAGCGGCACCCUUUUGGAUGGCGAAAUGAUCAUUGAUAAAGUGGAAGGAAAAGAUGUGCCACGAUACCUUGUCUACGAUAUCAUUAAGUUUGAAGGCAUUGAUGUCGGACGAACCGAUUUCGAUCGCAGGCGUCUAUGUAUCGACAAGGAAAUUAUUCAGCCUCGUAGGCUGGCCAUGUCUGAAGGUCGAAUCAAUCGACUGAAGGAACCUUUCAGUAUCCGCUCUAAAGAUUUUUGGGACAUUACGUCUGCCAGACAGAUUCUGGGUGAAAAGUUUCGGAAGGAAAUGUCUCACGAAGUUGACGGUCUCAUUUUCCAACCCGUACCUGAUCCUUAUCUUUGUGGUCGCUGUCCCGACACACUCAAAUGGAAGCCGGCCAAUUUGAAUUCGGUGGAUUUCAAGCUAGUCAUAACGCAGCGGACGGGCAUCGGAAUAUUGCCUACAAAAGUUGGCCUAUUGUACGUCGGCGGCAUGAAUGAACCUUUUGCCGAGUUAAAGAUCAAUAAAGCCUUGCGAAGCAUGGACAAAAAGAUCAUCGAAUGUAAAUACGAAGAUGGUCAAUGGGUGUUCAUGAGAGAGAGGACGGAUAAAUCCUUCCCGAAUGCGUACACCACUGCUAUGGGUGUCUGUGAAAGUAUCCGUAAUCCCGUCACGACAGAACUCCUCUUUCAUACUAUAGACCGUUAUCGUUGGAGGCCUCCACAAAAGCCCACCAGUCAUUGAGAAAUCUAAGAAGAGUCCCAAGAUCUGCAACAUUUUAAUUUGUUUUUAUUUAGGAUUCAUCAGAGAGGACUUAACCGUUAUACUACAUUGUUGCUUCAAAAGGCAUCGAAAAGAAAAGUAUUGUUGAUCAAAAGGGUUUUCAGUCUGUUUUUAAUCCAUGUAAAAAUGUUUGAAAACAAUUAUUCUUUCUGCUUGAAACCUUAAAAUAGAGUUUUUGUUAGAUGUGUAUAUUUUGUUUGCCUUCAAGUAAUGUAUCCUUGAAAUAAAUCUUUGAUCUUAAA